CGCUAUCAUACACACAUAUUGUUCAACAAAAAUGUGCCAGGCAGCUAGAUUCGAAAGUAUAACUUUCACAUUGCCUACGUCUUACAUGACAGACGACAACAGAUACUUCAUACACCAUGACCCCAUUCACUCUAUCCAGGAUUUCUCUUUGUUAAGUUAGGUGAAAAACAAGAGGCUUUAUACUAACACACUACGAAAUAAGGUCAAACCUUCAGGUGUGCUGCAUAGUGAGUCCGGUGUUCACGCUUCAUUUAACUUUUUGAUCAAUAGGCUUUAAAAGGAAAUAAAUUUUGAAUAUGGUAAACGUUUGGUGUUAGAAUCUGGCUGUAAGUUGGACAUCAGUAUGUUUACGAAACUGGUCACGUGUUUGUAUCCCGAUAUUAAACAGGUAACAAUUUAGGUGUCAGACUAGAAUAUAACCAAACAUGUCUAUGUCAUCAUCACCUUCAAACCGGGAGGAUUCAAUGAAUACCAGCUCAUUAACUGUUGACAACCAAUGGAAAGUUGAGAAAUAUAUAGCCGAGAGAUUGAGCAGACAAUCUGGGCCAUCCAAACUGGUACCCAUUGCAAAAUGGACUCUAACGAUCCUUCUUGGCUCUUUCAUCACUUGCAUAUUUGUUGCUACAAAACUGUCAUUCAUUUCGCUGGCCAGAUUUCUAAAUUCAGUGAAGCCUAGUUCCAACAAUUUUGACCAUAAAGAGUGGGUCUUCUACACUGGCCACUAUCUCCUCAUCUACUUGACCAUUGCUGUACCAUAUUUCUUACUGUUUCUGAGGUCUGCUUGGACAGGCCUAUGUCGUAGAACGGUGGUCUGGCCAACGAAACGGGCGAUGAUUUUGUGCGUUUUAGUUGGAAUUUUGGAGCCUUUUGGUUUGGUAAUCCUGGCUUUGAAGGUGCUUCCCAACAUGACGCCAACAUUAGGUGCUUUCACGAUGAGUUCUUUCAUUGCUUUCUCUGUUGUCGGGACAACCAUUGAAUCUUUUAAACACAGAGUUCAAUUUGUCUGGAAGGCUUGCAACAUUGUGUCUUUGAUUUUACUUUUUGGUGGUAUUGGACUGGUCAUCUACAUGGUAGUGGAUACUGGGGGCAUUAGCAAGGACAUAUGGCACCUUCCUGUGUGUAUUGCAGUCCUGAACGUUGCAUGGCUACCGUGGUUGCUGAAACGUAUGACAGAGCAAGCUGAGUCUGGGGUUGAGUUUACAGACGAUCACUUUAUUAGCAGAGGAUCAGAGUCUACAUCCACCACGUGGAAGUCAUCGUUCAUAACUUACGGAGUCAAAAACCUGGCCACAUUCUUUUUCUGCUUCGUCUUCUACUACCUGGAUACUGACUUCCCCAUCAAUUUCACACAGGAAAUGCUCUCGGUUUUCCUCUCGGCUUGGGAUUUCCACACCAGCAUCAGGGAUGCUCACGUCUGGGCCAACUUUGGCGUCAAUCUGAUUGGCGGGUUGGUUGGCUACAUCUUGGUCGCCGUCACGUGUCACACCAACAUGCAACGCGGCUGUCUCGCGCUGCCCCUGGUCUUGUCACUUCCGGUUUCAGUAAUUGUGAUCAAAGUUCGAGAGUUCUGCAAUGACUUCAUGGAUGACGACGUCUUCUGCCAGUUCAAUGACGGCAAGUUGGUGCUGGUCGUGAUGGUGGCAGUGGCCUUCACCUUGGGUCACAUGCUCUCAAUAGGGAGACACUCAUUUGAAAAAGAGUUAGUUUAUUUACAGAAAGAGCGAGAGCUUUUCUGGGUUCCUGGCUACAACGGUGCAGUCCUUGACUUCUUCCUUUUGUUGAAUCGUAAGCAAACGAUUGAGAUCACAAUUAGAUCCAGAUCUAGACGCCAGAAACUUGGAUGUAUGAAGACCAAAGUCUACAUUUGUACGACUAUGUAUCGAGAGGACGAAGGGGAAAUGAAACAAUUGUUAGAGUCAUUAGGUCGUGUGAACUUGGCCCAGCAAGAAGGCGAGACGUACUUUGAGUCACACAUUUUCUUUGAUGCUGGAGUGCGCAACAACAAAAUUUCAGAGUUUCCACUGAUUCUUGUCUCUUUGUUGGAGGAAACUUUAGGUGUAAAACCAGAACAUUGCACAAAGGUUGUCACACCUUAUGGUUUAAAGCUGAGUUGGGGGCUACCUUCCUAUAAAGACAAAGACCUCAUGAUUUUUAGCAUUCAUUUAAAGGAUAAUACUCUGGUGAAAAACAAAAAGCGAUGGAGUCAAGUGAUGUACAUGUCUUAUGUCCUAGACUUUCUCAAAGAUUCCGCAGCAAAUGGAGGGGAAUCUUAUAUCUUGACAACUGAUGCCGAUGUCAUGUUUACACCUGACUCUGUCGAAGCGUUGCUUGACCUGAUGACCAGAGACACUUCAAUAGGGGCUGUAUGCGCCAGGACACACCCGAUGGGCUAUGGUCCACUUGUUUGGUAUCAGGUGUUUGAGUACGCUGUUGGUCACUGGUUUCAAAAAGCCUCGGAGCAUGUUUUGGGGUCUGUACUUUGUGCCCCAGGAUGUUUCAGUGUGUACAGAUGCAGGGCGCUGAGUGAUGUCCUUCCUAAGUACUGUAAGAAAGUGGAGUCUGCCUUUGACUUCCUGACUAAAGACAUGGGAGAAGACAGAUGGAUGUGUACUCUGAUGGUACAAAGUGGAUGGAGAAUUGAAUACUGCGCAGCUUCAGAGAACAGCACCAACUGUCCCGCGGAAUUUGAAGAAUUCUACAAGCAGAGAAGGCGUUGGAUAGCUUCAACCUUGGCGAAUUUAAUGUUGGUUAUAAGGGAGUGGAGAUAUAUCUCCCUUUUCAACCAUCGCCUGGGUGUUGUAUUUCUUUGUUAUCAAGCUCUGUUGCUCUUCUCAACUCUGAUAGCCCCCAGUAUGGUGAUUUUAGUUGUAGCAGGCGGACUUCAGUAUGCUUGGGAUGUUGAUGUCAUAUCAAUGAUUCUCCUACAAGUUUUCGCUUGCAUCAUCUACACAUUUAUUUGUAUCUAUACAUCACAAGAUACCCAAAUGUUGGUUUCUAAACUGUAUACAUUUCUCUACGCCGUUGCCAUGUGUGCUGCUGUUGUGGGCACUGCUGAACAGGUGGUAGUGGAUAUCUCUGAAGAGUCAGGAUCGUCCAACGCCUCCAAAAGUUCACUGCAAGUGACACCAUCAGGGAAACCAAACCAGCAUAUCAGUAUCUACCUACCAGUAUCAGUUACAACAAUCUAUUUGGCAUUUCUGAUUGGUGUGUUCUUACUUGGUGGAGUACUGCAUCCCCGAGAGUUCACCUGCCUCUUCCAUGGUAUUUGGUAUCUGCUGUGUCUCCCUUCAGCCUACCUGGUGCUUAUACUCUACAGUAUUUGUAACCUAACGGACUCUAGCUGGGGUACAAGAGAAGAAACUAAAGUAACUGUUGGUUAUACAUCUCAUUGGUGGUCUAGCUUCUUUAGGAAAUGGUUCAAGAAAAUAUUCUUCUGUUUUACUUGUGUUACAUUCAGCUGUUUUCGAGACAAGGAGAAAACGUCCGGUGUCAGUGUCGGUGUACAGACGCCGGUGACAUCCUUACGACAGUCCUCAAUACCAGGUCUUACUGGAGAUGGUUUGGACAGAGCUAGUAGCCGUAUUAGUGUUAUGGAAGACCAAUACAUAUCUGGAGACUUUGCUUCCAACACUGACUAUGUAGAUUACGAAUUCGACGCAAGUGAUCUAAAAGACGAAAAUAAACCUAUGGACGUAGAUCAGUGGUUACCUCAAGAAUUAAGUUCGAUCUACUCUGAUGUCUUCAAGAAGCACGGUUAUGAAAACACACUUCUUAUUAAGGGACUUACAGAAGCGGAUCUCAUUCAGAUGGGGGUGAAACGCAAAGGGCAUGUACAGUAUAUACUCGGACUUAUAUCCAACUUGCCAGCAUUUGAGAUCGAGUAUAAAGUUCCGAACAAUGUUGAUGAUUGGUUGGAGGAAAUAGGUUUGUCCAUGUACCGAGACAAAUUCUACAAAAACAAAAUCAAAACUUUGAAAGAAAUGGAGAUUUUAAAAUCAUUCAACACCAAAAUGAUUUAUGACCAAUUAGAAAUAAAAAAACAAGGUCAUAUAAAACGUUUGCUGUAUGCUAUACGGAUGCUUAAAGAUCCUUUAGAAGCUCAGAAGAAAGUAAUCAGGAUGCGCCAACUUCUAGAUGGAGUGGACUUAAAGGAACUGAUGAUAUGUAACGUUGGAGAGUUUGACUUUUGGACCUCACUCAGGUCUAAAUGUCUAGAACCAGACCUCAAAGCAUUUGGCAUGGAGGCAGAGAUUAAAGAAAAACUAGUUGGCUUACGAAACAACUGGAUAAUGACCAUAGCAGUGGCUAACACUUUGUGGCUGAUCCUGCUGGCCACUAUUGCAAGCAAAGGAAAUCUAACCGUCAUAGGAGCUAACCCUAUAGGUUUGGUUUUCUUGAUUAUAUUUGGCCUGCUGUUUUUGGUUCAGUUUUUGGCUAUGAUCGUCCACAGGGUGUCCACUUUAUGUCAUUAUGUGGCGAGGGCGCCGUACACCUUUGGCAACCCUCUUCUGACUACUUGGUCUUUCCAAGACAAGUUUGACAGCUUUGUUAUAGCUACAAGUGAUUCCGAAGAAGUUGUAACCGGAGCUGAAAGUGAUAAUGUUGGCAGACCAAGAGGACCUCUCAGUGAAAGAACUCCUUUGCUGUCAGAAAGACCUUUGGCAGAGGUUAUUUGAUUAUAUGCACAAUUUGUUUGUCUAGGAACAUUGUUGAUACAAUUAUUAGUCAAUGUUUUAUUUGGAUGAUAUAUCUUCACCCCCCCCCCCCCCACUCUCUCUGUGUUCCUCUCUUCAAAUUAAUAGCCUGAUUCACAAUGUCAUUUUAUAUUUUUACAUACGUAGCCCACUGUCUAACCUUCAACCCAUCGUUCAAUAAAAAGUAAAUAAAAAUUUUGUACCAAUAUUUUAGUCUUUAUUUAUUUUUUUUAAAAAUAAAUAUUACUUAUAAAUGUUUUGACUCUUGCAGUUGAAGAUACUUAAAAAGUUUAAAACAGACUAUUUGUAACCUAAAUGAAAACAAUUUUUCUCAAUUCAUUGUUCUUUUAAGAUAUAUCACUGUGGUCAAUGAUAAAUAAAGAAAACAAUAGUUUGUCUUAACAGAAGACUGUCAUUACAUGCAAUUCAGGAGAUGAAAAUGUUUUAAUAAAGAUUGUAAUUGCAUGUAAUGAGGAAGAUGAAAGCAUAUUUUGUGUGUGUGUUAUUUAGAGACGUUUUUAUUGUGUUCAACUCGUAUACAGAAAUAUUUUAAUGUUUUUUUUUAAUCAAAUUUAAAAAAAGAAUCUAUUGUUAUUUAUUUCAAUGAUAGUAAUCACAAACAUUUUCUUUCUUCUUUUCUUUUUUUUAAACUAGAUAAACGUUUGAAAUAUAUUAGUUUUAAAAUAUUACUUUUAUUGAAUUUUAACAUAAAUGUUUAUUAUACUUAAGUAAUUGUUUAUCAAUAUUAUAUAAGAGAUUUCAAAAUCUUAAUAUGUAACAAAACACACGUACCUACAUAACCACUUGCAUUUACAUGCAGUGCUAACACACAUACAUACAUUCAUACAUAUUCAUACAUAUUCAUUAUUUGUCAAUGUUUUUUCAAUUCUGUCAUUCUAUUUUAUACUUUUUUAUAUAAAUACUUGUUUACGGUUGUUGUCAACUGUUUAACCAUAGAAAGAUGAUGAAACAAGAAAAAUAUUAAAAGAAUAUUUAUUAAAAAAUCAUACUUAAAGGGAAAAACCUCAAUAUCACUGCUUUGUAGAUAUCUAUCAAUCUAUCUAUCUAUCUAUAUCUAUAUCUAUAUCUAUAUCUAUAUAUAUAUAUAUAUAUAUAUAUAUAUACACACAUAUAUAUAUAUAUAUAAGGCUUGUCUUCGAGUCCGAAGAUUAACGAGGAAUGCAGUAUUUCCAGUGGCUGCGCAGCCCCAGCUGUGACCUAGUUAUUUUGCCACACCCAGGGUAAUGUAUGUAAUCUAUAAUCAACAUAAUAAUAAUUUUUAAAAAGUUUUAUUGCAUUCUUCAUACUGAUUGCCUAAAAGAAUCUGAGAUAAAAACAUUCAGGCCUGUAAACAGGCGUUCUUUUGACUGAACUACUUCAUAUCCUAGGAAAAAAAUCUCCUUGUUAGUUGUUAGAUUUGAACUUGUACUACCAUAACUGUAUGAAACAUCAUGAACACUCAGUCCUAGUAGAACGAAGUGUUCAAAUAAAGUUCUUGGAAUGUCAUUACAAUUCGAUUAAAAAAAAAGAAAUUGUGUUAAUAAAAUAGAAUGAUUGA